AUUGAUUUGUUCCUAUUGGCUAUACAGCCUGGAUACAGAGGCAUUCUGCAAGCAGAACUAUACGGAAACCUUUCUCUACAACAUGGUCACGUUCUGCGAUCAGUACUUCAUUGAAUCGCUGCGGAACGUUUGCGAAUCGCUUAUUCUAGACAAGAUCAGCAUACGGAAGUGCGGCGAGAUGUUGGACUUUGCCGCGAUGUACAACUGCAAGCUGCUGCACAAGGGAUGCAUGGACUUCAUCUGCCACAACCUGGCCAGAGUUCUCUGCUACCGCAGCAUCGAACAGUGCGAUGAGGCGACUCUCAAAUGCCUUAACGACCAUUACCGUAAGAUGUUCUCCAAUGUCUUCGACUACCGCCAGAUCACGCCCUUCUCGGAGGCCAUAGAAGAUGAACUGCUGCUUAGUUUUGUCGUUGACUGCGAUAUUGACCUGGACUAUCGAAUGGACCCGGAAACAAAGCUAAAAGCGGCAGCUGAGCUUAAGCAGAAGGACUUGCGGAGGCAAGACGCCCGUCACUACUACGAACAGCAGGCCAUAUCCAGCAUGAUGAGAUCGCUAAGCGUAAGUGAGUCUGCCUCUGGCCCUGAGGCGACUACCGGACCGCAGGAAAGCACUCGAAGCGAGGGCAAGAACUGGUCUCGUGUGGUGGACAAAAAGGAACAGAAACGAAAGCUAACCGACACUGCCCUGAAAGUGAACAACACACUUAAGCUGGAAGAGCCACCGAGGCCAGAGCUAGAGGUCAUUGAAAGGGCUCCCAUUAAGGAGCAAACGCCACCGCCAACCUCCCCUGCAGAAGAGACCAGUACGCCGCUGAGUAAGAGCUACAAUCUGGAUCUCAGAUCCCUGACCUCCGAAUUGAAGAGCUGGCGUUCGCCUCUGGUGGAGCAAGAGCCCACCACUCCUGUGGUUGUGCCGAAUGCCUGGGGCUUGCCACCCGCCACUCCGUCGAGUAGUUCCUUUAGCGAGUCACCAGCAACAGGCAGCCGUUCGGACCCCACCUCCUUUGCCAAUAUGAUGCGAGGCCAAGCGGCUGCCGCAAAGUUUCUCGAGGAUCCUCGCCGAUGAGCGACGACAGCGGGAGUCCUUCGAAAGGAUGCGGAACAAGUCACUGGCCCACACACAGAUCGAGGAGACAGCCAUUGCCGAGUUGCGUGAAUUUUACAACGUGGACAAUACC